UUGGCGUUUAGCGUAGCCAUCGCGUUCUCGAAUGACACUGAUCACCACGUCGUCAGCGCUUUUUUAUAGCGCUCAAACAAUGAAAACACCGAUUUUGCGAGGGAGCCGGUCCGUCGAUAUGGGUUCUGCUGUCAGGCCGGUUGUAAUGCACAAAACACGGCAGAUGAGUUUGUAGUUCAAAAUUACAUUGAUGUUUUCCCGGUAAUUUGUGCCACAUAUUCAACAAUUCGUAGGGUCUCACCCGUUCUAUGAGGUAUUGUGCCGGCAGCACUUUCAGGUCUUCGCUGUUCAAGUUCGUUGGAUGGCUCAACAGUAUUUUAUCCAUCGUGGUCACCGCCUAGUCGUCAGUUUCAUUAACAAAUUUUUAAUCUGUUGAAACACGCUCUCGCGUGGACAAUUGAUGCCUAAUAGACUGAAAUCCACGGGUCCUGCGUUGAUCAAUUUAUUUAAAAAAUUUCUCGCUAAUGCCUAAUAGACUGAAAUCCACGGGUCCUGCGUUGAUCUAUUUAUUUAAAAAAUUCGUUGUACUCGUAAUUUGUGCCACAUAUUUCCUGCAAUUACGCGUGCCUAUUGCGUCAUGCGAUUGCAUCGUGGAACACCGGCCGCUUAGCGAAGUUGUCCGAACGUUGUCGUAAUAAAUACGAGGCAAAUUUGAUCGAGCGGCGCUAUUCGUGGCGAUACAUCGUGUGUGUGUGUGUACUCGUGCUCCGAAAACACUUGACAAUGAAUAAAGAAGGUCCUUAUUGCUGCUACUCCGCUGCUGAUUUAACUCUCUGUCCCAUCGAUGAAUCACACCUGUUGCUUAAGCGGCGCCUCACAAAUCACGUAUGGAAGAAACACCCACAAGAGUGGCCGGCGUGGAAGGAGGAGCAACUAAAUCAACAGGUAGCAAGAUUGAAUGAAAAAAUUGAAGAGGACCGGCAGUGGUACGCCUUGCAAACUCAAAGGCAACAAAAAAAACAGCAACAGAAUUGGACGGCGGGACCAGUCACAACAACAACAGCAGAUGAUGAUUGGGAUACCAACAAAACGACAACAGAUUGGACGGGACCAGUCACAACAACAGCAGAUGAUGAUUGGGAUACCAACAGUUGUAGUUCAUAUUUAGAUUUUUUAAAAAAUAAAAAAACAUAGUAUAGAAAAAAAUGUUUUGCAUUUCACACAGAUCCAAUCCUCGUUAAUCAUAAAAUUCGUCGGGAAUUAUUAGAAUAGUUAUCUGUAAAAAAAAAAAAAAAAUCUAUAACUUUAACCUAGGGGGGAGUCACCGCACAAAUCGGGCGAGUUGAGUGACAAAAUGCUAGUCAAA